CGGGUGGGGGAAGGAAGGCGGGCGGGCGGGCGGGCAGGAGCAGCGCGCCAGGCGAGCGGAGUGGGCCGGGCCGCGCCAGGCCGCGGCUGGGCUGGUCACGGUGGCGGAGCCGGAGGAGGCCGGGCCCCGCCCCGCCCCCAUCCCCCCACCGGCGGCGGCGGCGGAGACCCCAGCGCGGAGCGGUGGCGGCGGCGGCUCUUCCCCGCCCUCGGUGGCGGCCGCCGCCCCGUCGCCCCCGCCGCCCCCCGUCGCCCCCGCCCCCCCGUCGCCUGCGGCAGCGGCGGGGCCCAUGGAGGGGCUGCCGGUGGAAGUGCGGGGCUCCAACGGGGCCUUCUACAAGGGUUUUGUUAAAGAUGUUCAUGAAGAUUCAGUCACAAUAUCCUUCGAGAACAACUGGCAGCCCGAAAGGCAAAUCCCCUUUGGUGACGUGCGGCUGCCUCCACCCCUGGAGUUCAGCAAAGAGAUUUCAGAAGGGGACGAGGUGGAGGUGUAUUCCCGAGCCAAUGAGCACGAGCCGUGCGGCUGGUGGCUGGCCAGAGUCCGCAUGAUGAAAGGAGACUUCUACGUCAUAGAAUAUGCUGCUUGUGACGCCAUCUACAACGAAAUCAUCACCCUGGAGAGACUGCGGCCCGUCAACCCCAGCCAAGUGGCCACGAAAGGCAGCUUUUUCAAAUUUACCAUCACAGUACCGGAGGAUCUCAAGGAAGCGUGCUCGAAUGAAAAUGUACAUAAGGAAUUCAAGAAGGCCGUGGGCGCAAACUCCAUCUUCCUCAGCUCCACCAGCAGCGAACUAGUCAUCCUUUCCACGAACGAAUCCACCGUCAAGAGAGCAUCUCUGUUGGGGGACAUGCAUCUCCGCAGCAUCCGGACCAAGCUGAUGCUGAUGUCCCGGAACGAGGAAGCCAACAAGCACUUGGAGACAAGCAAGCAGCUGGCCUCAGCGUUCCAGGAGGAGUUCACCGUCCGCGAGGAUCUGAUGGGCCUGGCCAUCGGCACCCACGGGGCCAACAUCCAGCAGGCUCGCAAGGUGCUGGGUGUCACCGCCAUUGAGUUGGACGAGGAGACCUGCACCUUCCGCAUCUAUGGGGAGACCCCGGAAGCCUGCAAGCAGGCCAGAAACUUCCUGGAGUUCUCCGAAGACUCUGUUCAGGUCCCCCGGAACCUUGUGGGGAAGGUGAUCGGCAAGAAUGGCAAAGUCAUCCAGGAGAUCGUGGACAAGUCGGGUGUUGUCCGGGUGCGGGUGGAAGGUGACAAUGACAAGAAGAACCCCAGGGAGGAGGGAAUGGUUCCUUUCAUCUUUGUGGGGACGCGGGAGAACAUCAGCAAUGCGCAGGCGCUCUUGGAGUACCACCUCUCCUACCUGCAGGAAGUGGAACAGCUGCGCCUGGAGCGCCUGCAGAUCGACGAGCAGCUGCGGCAGAUCGGCCUGGGCUUCCGGCCCCUCUCCAGCCGGUCCGACAAGGAGCGGGGCGGCUACACGACCGACGAGAGCACCUCCUCCUCGCUGCACGGCACGCGGACCUACGGGGGCAGCUACGGCGGGCGAGGCCGAGGGCGCAGGGGACCCAACUCCGGCUACGCUACAAACUCAGAUGUGUCCAACGCCUCCGAGACAGAGUCAGAGAAGAGAGAGGACUACGAGGGGCCCCAGCCCGGUGACCGUGACCCUCGUCCAGAGGACAGCCGCAGGCGGGCAGGGGUGGGACGGGGGCGGGGUCCUGCUCCCGUCCCCCGAGGGAGCAGCAGCAAGUACACCAACUCCUCCAUCAGCUCAGUCCUGAAAGAUCCCGACAGCAACCCUUACAGUCUGCUGGACAACACUGAGACAGACCAGACGGCAGACACCGAUGUCAGCGAGUCGCAGCCCGUCAGCAACCGCCGGCGUCGAUCCCGCCGGCGCCGUACCGAUGAAGAUGCCACGAUGAUGGACGGGGCCCUUGAAUCAGACAGCAUGUCCGUCAGUGAAAAUGGCGUGGAGGAAGAGUCUAAGCCUCAAAGACGUAACCGAAGUAGGCGCCGGCGUAACCGUGGCAACCGUGUGGAUGGCUCUAUCAGCCGGGAUCGCCAACCUGUCACGGUAGCAGAUUACAUUUCCCGAGCAGAGUCUCAGAGCCGUCAGCAGCCCCCCCGCAAAGGAAGCCAGGAGAAAUUGGAAGAGGGAGCCGCGUCCAAGCAGAAGGGCGAGGCUGGCAGCAAGGCUGUCAAUGGCCCUUCGGAGAACGGGGAGCACGUGGCGGCCGCCAGCAACGAGGAGGGAGCCGCCCUGGUGAACGGGGUGUCCUAAGGGCCCCUCCGGUGGGUCUCCACAGCCGAGUCCUCCUCAGCGAAACAAACCGAUCCCUACUUUUCACCUGCUUGCAACGUCUUAAGAGAAAUGAAAUAAACACCACACCGAUCUCUUGUUUAAGAACAAAACCAUUAUUUUAAAACAAAAACACAAACCGACCCAGUCCCAAGGUUAAUUAUCUUGUGCUCGUUAAAAGCUUGCCAAAGAUGGAAAACGGUGUUUUUUUUUCCACGGCUCUUAACAUGUCCUGUUGAAGCUUCCGCAGCGGCAGUCAGCCAAGGCAGCGGAGCCCCCCCUCCUCUUCCUUCCUUUCUUUCUGCCCUCUGUCCAGGUGGGGUUUCUGACGCUACCUGAGCUCGUUACCCCCCCUCCCCUUCUGGGAGGUGUGGACAGAGGUGGGGGGAGGAAAACAAUGACUGACAUGCAUCUGUUUUUGGUGACUUUACAGUUUUUUUGCUUUGAAACAAAUGAGAGGAAAAAAAAAAAAUAACCGGCUGUUCAAACUGGAGACAGGAGAGGGGGAGAGAAACCUGUGCCUUCUAAUAACGCAGACACACGCACCCUAGCGCAGAAUGCUCUUGUGGGGUUGUGGUUUUUUUUUUUUGUUGUUCCUUUACUCUUCGACUAGUUAUAAAUCGAAGGCGCAAGGAGUCCGUCAUGUGCAGAUGGGAGGGAGGACAGCUGCCCCCCCCCAAGUGCGGAGGGAUCUGGGGCUGUUCUGAGGAGAACCCUUUCCUCUUCCCCCCCACCCCCCAGCACCGAACCCUUUGCUGGUGUGACGGGGUUCUGCGGGGGAGGUGGGAGGAAGGGGAGGGCGUGGGGCUUGGUUUUCUAGGCCACACAGAUGUGCAUCUUUUUUCCUUUCUUGAAACACUGUGGAAGAUGAAACAGGCUGAGGACAAGCUGGCAAGGCAUCACCCGCUGUUUCGGCGGUGGCAGCAGCGGCCCAGAAGUUUGUGUGUUUGUGCGCGGGGGGGGGAAAGGGGGGAUUUGAUCUGUGACGGUCGAGACUAUUUAUUUUUCACUGUACAGUAUUUAAAGAGAAUAAAAAACCCAAACUCUUGAAAAAAAA